CAUCAGGCAAAGGUCUCCCUCCGUCUUUUGGUGAGCUCACGUGACCAGAUACUACAGGGAUGGCUCGUGCUGGUUCCCUGGCUGAUGAGCGACAAAGUGGACCCAAGCUCUGACCCAUGUGGCUGGCACGCUGGCUGACACGACUCGCCAGUCGGCUCAGUGGUGCAGCCGCGUCCAGCUCGCAAACUCGCCAUCCCCGAUUCGCCGCCAACCAAGCACCUUCUUUGUUCGCGUGCGCGAGGGAUUCCGAGGACGUCGCCCUUUGUCUUUCGCUCUCGGGUCGUUCUACAGUUGGGACCGCGACCGAAACGCUUUUACCGAGAGCACUUCGUCUCUCCGGCAUCAUCACGAUACAAUUGCUCAUCGUUUCUCCUAGACACCGGCAGGCACCUGGAACCACAUAAGCAAACAGACAAUCAAAAGCCGCAGUCUGAGCUAUAAGAGGUGUCACCUCUCACACCUGGUCACUUGCGGCCCGUCGCCAUCUCGGAUCAGCUACACGGACGAAGUAGUCCCAGGACGACAAGUCGAGAUGGAUUCGUACAUCUACCGCGACUCUGCGCGUUCUCCAGGCGACAGAAUCUGGAGCAGCCGUGACGAUCCUAGAGUGAAGGAAGAACGCGACUCAUUUUACCGAGGCAGGUCGCCUGGCCAUGACCGUGCUCGUCGCUCCAACAGGUCAAGGUCCCCUCCACCCGUCGACCGCUACGAACCACGCAAUGGCGGCAGAGUUCGCGAUGAGUACGCCGCACCCCGUGAUCGAGAGCGCGAUGACCGCCGUCGCGUGCCCUCUCCACCCGCAAAUAUCGAUCGCUAUGUCCCCGGUCAGGCUCCUGAUGCGGCCCCGGCGCCCGUAUCUGCCAACAAUCCUCUGCCCGACCCGAUCAAACUGAACUACCAGGUCGGAUUCUCGUAUUUUGGAGAGUGGUGGAGAGCGCAAGAGAAGAUCAAAGAGGAGAAGGAGCGGGCACGCACUGGCCGCCGCCGGGAGCCGGAGCGCCCGCGUGGCGUGCGCGAGACCCAGGAGGAGCGCGACGCCGAGAAGGCCAAGAUCCAGGCCGCCUAUGACAAGUACAAGGAGGAGCUCCAAUCCAAGAUGGCACAGACCUUUGUCAGGCAGCACAAGGACGAGCAGUGGUUCCGGGAGCGUUAUGUUCCCGAGGUGCGCGAUCCGUUGCGGGUGCAGCUGAACGAGUUCCGCCGAGGAGCCUACAACCAGUGGGAGCAGGACCUCGAGUCUGGGACGUUGGAUGAAUUCAGCUUGGAGGGCAUGCCCAAGAGUGAUGGCAACGGUCAAGGGGGCAUGGUGGAGAAGGAAGAAGGGGAGGCGACCGCCGCGAACGAAGUGCUGGGCGUGGGCGAUCUAGUCCCUGUGAGCAGCGCCGAGGUCCGGGACGAGAACCUGUAUCAGCCGACUCUGCUCAUCAAGACCAUUGCACCCAGCGUAAGCCGCCAGAACCUGGAGGCCUUCUGCAAGGAGCAUCUGGGCGAGGACGAAGGCGGGUUCAAGUGGUUGUCUCUGAGUGACCCGAAUCCUAGCAAGAGGUAUCACAGGAUUGGCUGGAUCAUGCUCCACCCUGCCGCCGAGUCCGCCGCGACGAUUGACCGGGUUGACCCCAAGGAGGAGGAUAUCGACAUGGCCCUCAAGUCCCCGGUGCUCGUGUCAACAGCGGAGAAGGCUCUGGAUGCUAUAAACAGCAAGACUGUCAAGGACGAGGUUCGUGGCGAUUUUGUAUGCCACGUGGGCGUGCACAACCCGCCAACGAACCCUCGCCGGAAGGCACUCUGGGAUCUGUUCUCAGCGCCUGAGCGUAUCGACAAGGACCUGGAACUGGUCCGGCGCCUGGUCAACAAGUUUGAGGAGAGCUUCGGCUCCGACUUCAAUGCCAUACUCAGGGUCGAGGAGAAGGUAGAAGACCUCAAGAACUCGGGCCGCUUGCAGGUGAUUACCUCAGCCUCAUCGUCCAAGAAGAAGAUGAAGAAGGAAAGGAUGCUCGGCCUUGAUGAGGCAAUGGACGAGGGCGAGCAGCCAGAGGACCUUGGAGAGGAUGAUGACGAGGAAGGCAUGAUUGACGAUGAGGAGGGCGACGAUGAAGACAUGGUUGCCAAGAAGAAGCACCUCGAUCUCCUCAUCGAGUAUCUUCGGCGUGUCUUCAACUUCUGCUUCUUUUGCGUCUUUGAGAGCGACUCGGUCCACGAGCUGACGCGGAAAUGCCCGGGAGGGCACUUGCGCCGCCCGCGGACCACUCUGUCGUCGGCCGGGCGAGCCGUAGCGCGCGCGAGCGCACUCGGCGAGCCAUUCCCCGUGAAGAAGCGCGUUGAGAAUACCGAAGGCGAAGAGGGCGAGGUGCCGAGCGAGGGCGACCGCAGGUUCCGUCCUACACUCACCAAGGCUGAGCAGCAGCUCCAGCGGGCGUACAAUUGGGUCAAGACAUUCGAGGACAAGAUUUUGCAACUACUGGAGCCAGAGUCUGUCGACAUGCGCAAGGUUGGGGGCAAGCCCAUCGACGACGCCGUCGAUGAGGAGCUCGUCAAGUUUGUCAAGCAGGAGGACGAGCACAAGUGGCGCUGCAAGGUUCCCGAAUGCGCAAAGUUGUUCAAGGAGGACCACUUUUGGAAGAAACACGUGGAGAAGCGUCAUGUGGAGUGGCUUGACAAGCUGCGAGAAGAGUUUGAACUCAUCAACCGCUACGUUAUCGACCCGUCCCAUAUCGCGCCUUCGCGGACGGAUGCCAACUCCAAUGGGCACUUUCCACCUGCCAACGGCCAGACGCCGACGGGAACGCCCCGUGGUUUCAACCUGCAGAACUUCACUAUGAACAACAUGCUUGCCAUGCCCGGCUUCGGCAUGCAAGCCGGCUUCCCGCCCAACUUCCUGGCCGCAAUGCCCGCCAUGUCGGCCUGGACCCCGGGCGGGGCCGAUGACCGUUCAGGGGGUGGUCCCAUCAGGCGUGGCGGCCCAAUGGGCGGCAACCGUUUCCAUAACAACCGCGCCAGUCCCUACGACAGACGCCCGAACCCACGCUGGGGCCAAGACGGCGUAGUCAAUGGCAUGAUGGGUGGCCGUGGUGGCAGGAGCUAUGGCGGUGGCCGCUGGGGAGACGGCGCUGGUGGCGGCGCCGCCGUUGGCCCACGCGAGGCCAUCCAGGGCCGAUCCAUCAAGAGCUACGAGGACCUGGAUCAGGUCUCUGGCGGCGGCGGCGGCGAGCUCAACUACUGAGCUGGAAGCACGGGCUGUUUUUUCUACCACGAAGCAAUCGUUCAACAUCUUUUCUUGUUUUCUUCUGCUCCUCAUCUUCCAUCUUAACCCUUUUUUUUAUCCUAUCUCAUCAAAAAGACGAAGAAAAAAACCGGCUUUGGGCGUUUUGGGUUCUUGCCAUCAUCUAUCUUAUCCCUGAGCAACUGCUAAUGCCUCUGUUUUGUCUGAUGUACCGCCUAUGAAGAGUUCUCGGAUUAACAGGUGCCAUCACGCCUCCAGGAGAAGAAGUGCGUUGGAGAGGGUGUACAAUUAGCGUGUAUCGGUGGAAGGGAGAUCUGCCACGAUUAAAUUGACUUGUGC